GAUCAGAGCCUAAUCUCGAAACUGAAACCUGCUCUGCCACUAUCUCCCAGCAUCCUUCCUCAAACCAUGGCCCCCAGCGCUAUUUCAAUGGAUAUUCUCACUCCCAAAGAGAAAAACAGACUGAGAAAGCCGGUGGUGGAAAAGAUGCGCCGGGACCGCAUCAACAGCAGCAUCGAGCAGCUGAAACUGUUACUGGAGAAGGAGUUUCAGAGACACCAGCCCAACUCUAAACUGGAGAAGGCGGACAUCCUGGAAAUGACUGUCAGCUACCUGAAACACAGUAAAGCUUUUGCAUCCUGCCCCAAGAGCCUGCAGCAGGACUACAGCGAGGGCUACUCUUGGUGUCUCAAAGAAGCGGUCCAAUUCCUCACCUUGCACUCGGCCAACACAGACACCCAGAUGAAGCUGCUCUAUCACUUCCAGAGGCCGCAGGCAUCCCUGACCACUAUUCAAGACUUGAAACCACCUUCCACCUCUUCCUUGUCCCCGGCUACCUCGACCAAGCCAGCGACUGGACAGUCAUCUUCCAGCAAUAGCCUCUGGCGGCCCUGGUAGGACCAGGAGGACUCUGAAUGGUGGGGACCCAUGCAUAUCUGAUCCAGAGGAAAAUCCCGGACUUGCUUUCCAAGUCCCUGGCUCCUCUAGAAUGUAAAGCAAAAUGCUUUUUCCCUUUCCUUUACAGAGCACUAAGUGCUCCAUUUUUUUUUUCUUUCCCUUCUCAUUGAAGGAUAUUGAUUUCUCCCAUGCUCAGCCUUUUGGUGCUAGAGGGAGGGCUAUUCUAAAAGAAUGCAAUGUAAUGUUCCUUGAGGGAUGACUUGACUGUUGGCCAAAUCUUCCAGGAAGAAGAGGGCUUAAUGUUAUCUAACCUGAUUAAUUAAGGUUGUAAGGUGUUGGUCUGUACCCCAGCAAUGGUAAACUUCAGCAAGGUUGGCCACAUUGUGGCACCUGAGGGGUCCUAGAAUUUGAUCAUCCGCGGGGAUUGCACUGAGAAGUGAAGUCCCCCACAGGACCCAUAGUAGAAGGCAUCCUUCAGGGCAUGUGCCUACUUCAGGUAGAGAGUGUACCAUGCUGUGGGACAGAUGGACCGGUGAUGAUGUCUUUUGUAAAGGCAGUACCCAAUGCAUAUCCUCAUAGGAAGGAGAGUAACAACUCAUGUUGUUUUAUGAUGGAAGUAUUUAUUGGAAGACUUUCCAGGAAAGGCCACUGUACAAAUUAUAUUUCAGGGGGAGGGCUUUGUACUCUCUUGAGGGUGGGAUAAUUAGGGGAAGGGGAGGGAGAAAUGCCUCUUGUUAUGCUCCUAAAAGGAUCCUGUUGUUGCCCGAUGUAGAGGGCAUGGAAUUUGUAAUUCAGCGUUCAAAGCUGUCAUUGAACAGCAUGUAGAAAUGGUCUGCAUGCUGGAAAUGCAAAUAAAUCUUUAUAAUCCAUCUGUUCAGUGAUUUGCUGUUUUG